AUGCACCUGCCGCGCUUCAACCACAAUGGCCACAAAGUCACGAAAGGCAUCGAGCCCGAGGGCGAGAGCGGCAGGAAAGGGUUCCACCCACUCAAGUUCUUCAAGAUCUCGUACAAGAGCAACAGCGUGAUUUCUAGAUGGGUCAAUAUCCUGUGGCCCAUGGUGCCCGUCGCCAUCGCCUUGCACUUUGCACUUCCGAACACGAAGGGCGCCCAUCUUGCCAUCUUCAUCACCAAUUUCAUUGCGAUGGUCCCUGCCGCUAAUACCGUGGGCUUCUGCGGGUCAGAGCUCGCUCGUAAACUGCCCAAGGUACUCGGCGUCAUCGUCGAGACGACACUUGGAUCUGUUGUGGAAAUCGUCCUGUUCAUGGUGUUGUUGGUGACAGGCAGAGAGCAGAAUGUCCCCGUUAUUCGCGCCGCUAUCCUGGGUUCCAUACUCGCCAACAUGCUACUGUGUCUGGGUUUCUGCUUCGUGGCCGGUGGUCUUAAGGGUGGUGAGCAGUCGUUCCACGAAGCCAUUUCAGAGGCCGGUAGCGGUCUGAUGCUCGUAGCCGCAAUGGGUCUGGUACUCCCCACCGUCUACUACAAUGCUCUUAAUGGUCGGACAGACCUCGAGCUCGCCGUCAACGAAAUCAGCGACGAGAUGUUGAAGAUCUCACGUGCUACCGCCAUUAUCCUCCUCAUUGCCUACUUUGUCUACCUCCUCUUCCAGCUGAAGUCCCACGACAAUUUGUUUCACGAGAUCUACGAGCGAGAUGAACUCAUUGACAAGGAUCGUAACAAGGAGCUGGCCAAGCCCAAGCUCACAUUGACGGAGUGCAUCAUCGGUCUCUUGAUUUCGCUGGCCUGCGUGUCAAUGAUCGCUGUCUUCUUAGUCAUCGAGAUCCCACACAUGGUGGAGGAGCGUCACAUCAGCGACUCCUUCAUGGGUCUUAUCCUUGUUCCAGUCGUCGAGAAAGCUGCGGAACACCUUCUCGCCAUCGACGAGGCAUGGGAUGGCCAGAUGAAUUUGGCUCUCGCUCACGUCCUCGGUGCCUCGAUCCAAACCGCACUGCUCAACACGCCGCUUGUCAUCAUUGUUGGUUGGGGCCUCAACAUCGGCAUGAACAUGCAGUUCGAAGUCUUCGACGCCGUUUCUCUGGUCCUCGCCGUGCUUGUUGUGGGUUCGUUCCUGCGCGACCGGAAAUCCAACUACAUGGAGGGCAGUCUGCUCAUCUUCGUGUAUGUCAUUAUCGCGAUCGCCGCCUUCUACUACCCUAAUCCUCCCCACGGCGGCGGCGAGUCUACUGGAGCUGAGAGUGGCGGCGAGACUACGGCGCACGAGAGGCGUUUCUUUUAG